AUGACGUGGCGAGCUGUAAUUGGUGAGCCGCAGCUAUCUUGUACACGGCCGGCUGCCGAACUCUGCAAAGCCUAUUUCCUGGCUCAUAACAGGAACUUAAAAAUCAAACCAAAUUCCCACACAGUACAGCACUAUAUAUGUAAUCGCAAACAGAUAGCGUUUUUCAACUGGUACAAGUUUCACUAUACACAACAUUGCCAUCUGAAGAAGUACGUUGAGAAGAUCUCUUGCUGUUUCUAUAAACUGGAGAAUGAUCUGGAUCAUAAUCCUUGCGACUGUACUAAAUCUUCCUCCUCUUUCAGAGCUCUUAAAGACUCAAGAUGUAGUACUCUACAGAAUGACAGAACACAUGAUCAGAAAAUCUCCACCAUGUUUCAGUUCGAUCUGAAUACAAGUCUUACCUACAACAGUGACAAGAACACUUCUGAUUCUGAACUGUGCCUUUUCUAUGCCUUUAGUAGCAUUUCAUGUUAUUCCUCAUACACAGUGAUGUGUUUUCCAAACACCCACCAAACUGAGCAACUAGGAACAGACGUAUUCCUGCACUGUGAUACUCAUUUGCCUUUUGCUGAAUGGAGGUUUAAUGGAGAGUGGAUUCAAUAUGAUCAGAAUAUUUGUUCAAAUGAAAGACAACUCACAUUGCGAGGAGUAAAGAAACACCAGAGUGGUAACUACACUUGCCAUAACCCUGAAAAUGACGAGACCUUAUCUCUGACGGAACUACAACUUGGAUUACCUCCAGAGAAGCUCCAUGUCCAGUGCAGCGCGACAAGUUACCCGGAGAACAUUAAUUGUACCUGGGACCUGCUGCCUGACACCAACCUGCCCACCACCUUCAUUACUACCUACAGGUUGGGGUUGAUGAGCCGAGAGCCUCCACAGGAUUGUGUCCAGGUUAACAUUAAUCCGAACAGCUGCCUGAUUAGUGACUUCCAGAUGUUUGCAGAAUUUCCAUAUGUUCUUAAUGUAACAGCCUUCAACCAGUUGGGAUCUAUUACACACCUGCAUCCUUUCAUUGUGGAGAACAUCAUACACCCAGACCCUCCUGUGAAGGUCACCUUGUCUCCUAUACAGCAUGAAAGCAAGAAAUUACUUCUACAAUGGCGCCCUCCUCCUUCUUGGCCUCAUCCAAAGUUCUUCCCUCUCACGUACUUGAUCCGCUACAAGAUGUCUUGUGUCAGGUCCUACAGAAUGGUUGGCCCUUAUGAGCAGACUUCUUUCACCCUCACUGGUAUUCGGCCAGGGUGCAUCGUUCAAGCUCAGGUAGCUGCCAAAGAUUUCACUGGUUCAGGGCACUACAGCGACUGGAGUGAAUUGGCAAUUGGUCAACCAUGGAGGAAAUCGUGAUCACAUACUGUAUGUGUCUGUGGAGAAAAGCCUUUCCCAUUUUAAGUAUUUGCUGGCAGAAGCAUUAUAUCUUCAAACUCAACUACUAAUUCCAUCCCUUAUAACUUAUAUCUAAUCAAUAAUUGUUUUUAUUCAUAGUUAAGUGAAUGAAUCAACCAAUCAUAAAGCAGUUAGCAGAAUGUACAGUAUUUCUUUCAUUAUUCUUAAACCAAGCCUAAUUUUAUUGUUAUUGAUAGGCAAAAUGACAAAAAAUAAUAAUAGGAUUUUAAUACCU